CGAAUCAUUGGUUGAGCUUAUGAUAAAGGCUGGUUACUAUGUAUUCUCGCUCGUUUCAAACAGCUCUCGUCUUAUCUCAUAUGCAUCCGCAGUUUUUCAUCUAAAUUUGGCAUCGCUUCCCAUGGGAGCCACUGAGGAGAGGCUGGAUUUACUAUCCUACCUACCAUAAGGCUCUGCUUCUGUACCACCACAAUCCUGUCAAACCUACAAUCGAUGUGUGGAUUUGAUCUUAUUUUGUGUUCUGCAAUGGUGGCUCAGCAAGAGUUCUCCAUGUUUCGAAAUUUUUGAUGAAUGCAGGAGGAUCCUUUCGUCGAGUAUUUUCUUAGGCAUUGCGGAUUGUUUGGCCACUGUUUAAGCAACAGUUGUUUUGCAUUGAUGCUGCCUACUAUUAGAGUUGGUUCGCCAGAUGGUGUACUACGACAUGAAUCACAAGCACAGUCGUCAAACUUGUGUUAUUUUUCAUCCAACAGAUACGAGGACAACGAUGUAGUAUCCUCGUUUUCCCGGAGAGGUAUCAGCCACGGUAGUACACGUGAAUCAGGACCAAUUAUCCACUUCCAGAAGGCUGUCAUUUUUUAUACUUGAUAUGAAGUUACACGCAUGUACGUCUUCGUUUUCCUACGCGGUUGGACCGGUUACACUGCAGCAAGAUUCCUUGCAAGUCGAGAUUCGACGUCUAUCUCAUCGAUAGUGUAUUUAUUAAGGCAUAGGCUAUGAAGUACAGUGACGCGAUAAUCCAGUAAGACUCCUUGCUCACCGCAUACAUUGGCUGUGCUCGUAGACACGGAAUAAUCACUAUGGGAUUCUUACCUUGUCCUAUCUAUAUUGAACCUCGCUUGACUCAUUUCUCUGUCAACCCUUUGUAUAUAGUAUCCAUUGUACUCGACCAAGUAACCCUGUCUUCACUCAGUUUACAUAUAAAUGCUAUAGUACUUGAAAAUAAUUAGCAUAUACACACAAGUCAAAAUGAUUGUCAUAUUAGCUCUCCGCGUUUUCCAGGUAAACUCCAUUUCAAAUCUUAUAUUACAUAAAUCAUAUGGCUAACCUUAACAGUUACUGUUCGCUACCAUCGUUCUAGCAUUAUCCGUGAUCAUGAUUAAAGGUUAUGGACCGGGUCUCUCGUGGCUUCUCAUAAUAUACGGUUCCUUUUGUGGUGGAGCCGCAAUCAUCAUUGGAGUAAUUGGAAUUGUAGCUUGUUUCAUGGAAGCUUUACAAGGCACAAUAAUGCUCGUCCUCGAUUGCGUCGCAUCAUUCUUCCUUCUCGCAGGAGGAAUCGUACGUUACCGCUUCACCAGUGCCUUUAUAAAUUAUUGCUAACAAACUUUUUGCAGGCAUACGCGGCGACAAUCAAGGUCGGUAACUGCGAUGAUUUUGUUGGUUAUGUCAGUCACCACAACAACCCAUUUAGCUUCAGUGCACAGAGACGUCUUACCCUCUGGGAAAGCAUCGACGAAGCUACGACUAGAUGUCGAGAAACUCAGGCAAGCACGGCAUUUCUUUGGUUUACGGCGGCAUGUUUUAUUGGGACGACUGUCAUUCAUUUUUUGGGUCGCAAACGUGGCGGUGGUGCUGUGAGUUACCCGUAGAAUAGAUCGAGGGGAGUGUACAAUAGGGAGGAAAUACGGGACUGUAAUGUAUUAUGAUGAUGGAUAUAAAACGGUGGGAUACUGAUAUCAAUGGCGUUUAUUCAUGUUUGGAGUUUGUAUGUUGAUAGCUGGGUCGGGGUGUAUGACAAUUUUCUGGUUCUUCCUAUCACUUGGUUGAUGGAGUAACCGGUUUCCCGCUACAUAGAAA